AUGACCUCUUGUAUAUCAAAAGAGCAAGGGAAUUUUGAUUUCUUAGUUCAUGACCCCUUUAAAGCCACCAAACUUGUUCCAAAACAACAUUGUUCAUUCAUUAAGAAGAAAAUCGUUUUUGUUUGCUUAUAUUUAACACUUUUUCUUCUCCCUCUUUAUACCAGUGAUAUAGACUUGGUGGUUUUUGGUCACUGGGAGACUUUACCUCUCUGGACUCUGGAAGAGGCGCUACGCAAGAGAAAAGUUGCAGAUGAGAACUCUGUCAAAGUCUUGGACAAAGCCACGGUUCCCAUCAUUAAACUGACAGACUUGCACACAGAGGUAAAAGUGGACAUUAGCUUUAAUGUACAGAACGGUGUUAAAGCUGCAAACCUCAUCAAGGACUUCAAACAGCAAUUUCCCGUAUUACCGCACCUGGUGCUGGUUUUGAAGCAGUUUUUGCUGCAAAGAGAGCUGAAUGAGGUUUUUACGGGAGGCAUCGGAUCAUACAGUCUGUUCCUCAUGGUUGUCAGCUUCUUACAGGUAACACACUUCGACACAUUCAAAUACACACACUCUCUCACUAGUACCCAAAAAUAAA